CGUGGCACCGGUGAACGUAUUUCUUCUUGCUCAGUGCUCCGUUCACGUCAAUUUGGCAUUGGUCGUUUUCCUAUGCGUUUCUUCUCUCUGCUUGCUGCAGCUCUGUCUGUCGCCUCUUUGGCUUCCUUCGUGUCCGGAAACGAUGAACUGGAAGAGGAACAAAUUAUCAUUGAGACGGAAGAUGUAGAGCCUCGAUUUCUGGCAGCAGCAGCUUGGCCUGAAAGCAAUCCAUUCGGACAUGUCGUUAACGGCGAGAAGAACACAAUCGGCGUAUUGGUAGAGAACAGAUUAAACCGUAAUACGACUCUUUUGAACGUUGCGGGGGCUUUCUAUCAGCCAGACACGGAUGUUCUGGUACGAAACCUGAGUGCGAUGACCUACAACCUUGAAUUGAUUGACGGUGUCAAAUUGCAACUCCCCUAUGCCUUCUUUAGCGAAUUUAAGGCUGGGGACCUUCGCCUUAUUGUUUGGCUUGAGCAUUCGGACCAGGGUGAGAAUCAGCGAGUCGUCGCCUACGAUUCCAUUGUCACGAUCGUUGAACCUGAGGGAUCUUGGUUUGACUUUAAGUUGCUCUCCACUUAUCUGGUCGUCUCCGGUCUCGUCGCGGGUCUGGGUUACUUCACUUACUUGACUUUUGUUCCCCAACCAAAACGGUCACGCAAGGCCGCAGUGAGUGCUCCUGUUGGUACUGUCACCGCAACUGGCGCAGGUGGAUAUCAGGAGGAGUGGAUUCCUUCGCACCAUCUCCGCAAGAACAAAAAGAAGAGUGGUGUGGUUAGCAGUGGGGACGAAUUAAGCGGCGGUGAAACCAGUGGGACUGAAGGAAAGAGACGGAAGGGGAAAAAAUAGCGGUCGUACCACAAGCGUAAAAAGCUGAAAAUGGGCCAUCUUUGAUUGUUUCAAUCAGGCGUGUAAUCUCAUUCAUCGUAUUACACCACGCAAAAAUGAGAUUUAAUUAUUUAAAUUUACCCAAAGCACGUUAUGCAUGGGCACACCACACGGACC